CACCUACCUAGGCUACUGGGGGAGUAGAGCUAUUGGGUGGAGCAGCAACGUCGCGUGCUGCGCAAUACAUUCAGUAGCCUCGUUAACGCUGCGCGCGGUGUGGUUGCAGAUGCAGGUCGCUAAAAGUAUGCGCGCGAUGCGGGGGGAAAUGGCGAACGGGGGCGGACGGUGGUGCGCCUUGUGAGGAUACAGUAGACACCUGGAGCUGUGGCAGGCGGCAGCUCGAGGAAAGACAGGAGAAGGAAAGGAACCAUGGAGGACUCAGAGCCCGCAGAGGACGGUUUGCUGGCGGGCUUGCGAUGGAACCGGAGCGCACGAGACCAGGCUCAGCUCAAACACAAAAUCCGGGAUCUGCCAGGGCUACUCAAGCACGGGCUGCACCUGCGGAAGAAGAGCCAAUCACCUGACACUAUCCCCGGACCGAGCGCUGGACCUACAGUACACAGGUCUUGUUCCCAGAGUUUUCCAUGUGCUGGUCGGGCUGUGAGGAAUGCCUUCCUCUCUCAUGGACCAUACCCAGCUAAAGACAAGAUACACCUGGCCAGAAUCAUACGACGUAGCUACGUGGGCGUGGAGCUGGUGCAGUGGCUGUGUGAGCAGUGUCUGUACGUGCGCUGUCGGACUACUGCUGUGCGUGUCUGGCAGGUGCUGCUGGAGCUGGGAGUCUUGCUGUCUGUGGACCAGCGGGUGAUGUUUUCAGACUCAAACUCUUACUACCAGUUCAGCUUUGAGGAGUGUGACUCUGCCUCCUGUGACUUUCGCUCCAAUGAGGGGGAAUGGCCAGAGGCAGUUAGGCUCCUCCUACAACUCGCCCCGUACAUCCAGUUUCGCUCUGGAGGCGGGGCCAACAGCCCGUCAGAGGAGGACUCUGAAGGCAACAGAGAUAUCUGCAGUGAGAUUCUCCAGAUGAAAGCUCUUGAGAGGCUCACGUCUACGGUACAAAGUGAGUUGGCGGCUGCUCUCGCCCGAAAGACUCGCAAAGCUUUAUCAGAGCAGGACUCUGAGACGACAGAGACGAGCCAACAGGAGCCUUGCACACCCAGCGAGGAGAGCAGCCCGCUGGGCGGGGUGUGUGCACUGCGGGAUGGUGGAGGCAGCAACAGUGGAGGAAUGGGGACCGUUUGCGCCCGUGAGGAGCUGACCAGCCGGCUGGGGUUGGAGGCCGUUCAGCGGCUGGCCAAGGACGGCUGCCGACUGCUGCAGAACCACAACUACCGGCUGCCCGACAGGAACCAGGCGGAGGCAUUGGGGAGGGUUUGUCUGAAGGAGAGAGGACGGGAUGUGUUGGUGUUGCGGAGAGUGACAUCAUCAGUGACGUCGCCAUCAGACCGGCCCUCACCCACAUCGUCAGGGGGUGGGUCCAGAGAGGACGAUUGCGACAAAAGGUAUGUGGUGGUGUCGGGGACACCGCUCAAGAUCUUGGAGCAUCUGCUGAGUGACCUGCGGUUGGACGACCAAAGAGGGGCGCCAGAGAUCAGGGAGAGCGAAAUGCUGCUGGAUGACUUCCUGGUGACCUACCAGGUGUUCAUGUCCACCAAUGACCUCUGUCAGGCUCUGCUGGGACACUAUAGCAGUGCCCGCUGCAGAGUCCAGGAGGAGGGCAAAGACGCCCUCUUCAGGAAGCGUAAGGUACUGCAGCUGGUCUCCCAUUGGAGCAGGCUUUACAAGGACUUCCUGAAGGAAGAGGAGCACAUCAGGAGCUUCAUGAAGACUCUGUACAGGUGUGUUUUAGAAGAUUUGUAUGAGUUCCCCACGCUGGAGAAAGACCUAAAGGAGUUCCAGAAACUUCUGCGUCGCAGACACACUGUGGAUGACUGCCCUCCAAACCAAAAGAGUAAACAAAUGCAUCAGCAGUUGAGUUUAAAGGAAAACUGUUUGCCACUACGAAGUCCACCGACUGAUACUAGAGACAUUAUUUGUUGCGUGUACGUGAGCACUGACUCCUACCUGAGUGUCCACACACAUCCCUCACUGGAGGCCCAUGAGCUGCUAAGGAUUGUGGGUCUGAAGAUGGACAAAGCAGAAGAGGACAUGGUGCUCGCUGUGGCGUCGCAAACUGGAGAGCGGAGGGUGUUACAGCCCAGUGACUGUGUGUAUUCAGAGUCUAUGACCCCACAAGGAAAGCUUGUAGUCUGUCGCAGGGACCUCACUGAGAUUCUGCCUCCUUUAACGGACAGUGCUGAGCUAAGCAGGAGGCCGGUGCGACUCUUAGGUAUUAACACCUGGGAUGUGGCAGCUGCUCUCACACACCUGGACUGGAGCCUCUUCAAAUCCAUCCACGAGCAGGAGCUGGUGUACUACACCCUCAGCCGUGCUCCUGGUACGGGCCACACGGCAGCGCUCUCUGUCCUGCUCCAGCGCUGUAACGAGGUCCAGCAGUGGGUCAUGUCUGAGGUGCUCAUGUGUGUAUCGCUCAACAAGAGAGUACAGCUGCUCAAGAAGUUCAUCAAGAUCGCAGCUCAUUGUAAAGCCCAAAGGAAUUUGAACUCUGCAUUUGCCAUCAUCAUGGGUCUUAACACGGCUGCUGUCAGCCGACUCAACCAAACCUGGGAGAAAUGUCCAGGGAAGUUCAAGAAGCUUUUCUCAGAGUUGGAGCUCAUUACGGAUCCAUCUCUCAACCACAAAGCCUAUAGGGAAGCCUUUAAGAAGAUGAAGCCUCCCAAGAUCCCUUUCAUGCCUCUCCUCCUAAAAGAUAUCACCUUCAUCCACGAGGGAAAUAAGACCUUCCAUGACAACCUGGUCAACUUUGAGAAGCUGCAUAUGAUCGCAGACACAGUGAGAAUGAUUCGCCACUGCCAAAGCGACCAGCCAGGCAACGAGGUAAUCGGGGUCGACAGUGCGGAGGUGAGGGCAAGUGCUCACUACCUGCACAUUAUCGACAAUCAACAGACUCUUUUCGAGCUGUCACACAAGCUGGAGCCACGUGCUUAAACACACACACACACACACACACACACACGUACCCUAAUAGACGCACACACAAACACACUUGACACAGCGCAGUGGAAAUUAGGAUGAUGUGACAUGGAAGAUGCUUAGUACAGCAAAAUGCCACACACUCGCGCAUACAGUGCAACCAAAUCACACUACCAGCAGUGGUGCCAAGUGGACAAUAAGGUGCCAUGUGUUCUGAGAAAACCAAUGAAGACACAGAGCUGCACUCUGCCUGUUUUUUUAGGGCUUUAUAACACUGAACAUGUGUUUAUAAAGGAUUUAUGGUUAAACUAUUUAAGUCCAUACACACUCUGUGAACUGUCUACAGGAAGAGAUUCUGCGCAUCAAAACUGAAAUUUGCCAAACUGAGACCGAGAGAAGAGGAGGCUGUAAUUAGUUUGUACAGUAUCUAUUGGACUGAAUAUGCCUUUGUUUUUGUUCUUGUGGUUAGCUUUUGGUUAUUUAUUUAUUAGCAGGUGGAAUGUUCCUUUGUUUCCGUCUUUCAAGUCUUGUCCACCCUCUGGAAGGACUUGAUAGCGUCUUCAUCGUUUCAGUUACAACCACAAAACUAUCUGUAGCGGAGUUAGAUGUGUUUAUAAGAUGAUGGUCAGAAUCUGCCUCAUCAAUGGUCUCAUAUGAUUUCAUCUGCAUAUCACACACCUGCCUGGUUGUGCAUCUAUAUCCAGGAUACAUAUGCAUACAUACUUAUUUAGGUGUAUGAUGUGGAGCUGUUUUCGGUUAUUGUUUGGUAGAUUAUUAUGUAAUGCAAGCAGCGACCAGGGCUGAAGCAGUAAACCACUUAAAGGUGCUCUAAGUGAUGUCACGCGUUUUUU